UAAAUUAAAAGUUAGAACGCAAAAGCAAAAUUGCAUUAAAUCUCAAGCCGCCUUAAAAUGCCGCAAGAUGAAACGGGACAACAAGAGUAACAAACAGAAUGCAAUUGGAAGAAUUAACAGCACAAAACAAAAUCAAAGAAAUAAUUAUAUCGAACGUCGGCUAGACAACAAUGAAAACGAACAUUGUAAAUUCACUCAAGAAAAGUUAAUGGUGGUGUACGUUUCGUUAGAAAUUUGUAGCGCAAGUUGUUAAAAAAGAAAAUAAUUUUAAAUUAAUUAUUUAAAAAAACACACACUAAAAAAAGAAGCAAACACAACAAAUAUAGAAAAAGGAAUACAAAGUAAAUUAUUUAUUUAUGAAGGUUUACAUAAAAUUGUUAUACAAAAUCUACAAAAAAUAAUCGAAAAAACCCAAGUGUUGUAUAUUUGCCAAAAUCUCUAAUAUUGUAUUGAUAGAUAAAUAAAGUGUUUUUACACCCAACCAGAAAAAAGCAAAAAUACAAUUUCAAUUAGGAAGAGAAAAAGUAUAAAGUGUAUUUUAUAUUUAAUAUUCUUUUUCUGUUUGUUAAAUUUAUUAUAUCGGUGGCUUUAAACAAAGUGAGUGUGUACAAAAAAUAAAAACCAAUCAGCCAGACAAACGUUUAAAACUUGCAGCAUUAGAAGAAAUAAAAUUGAUACAAAUAAAAAAAAAGGAAAAUUUUCAUGAAUUAAAAAUAAAAAUUGAUCUGCCAACAGAAACGCAAAUAAUAAAAAAAGUAAGAAUAAGAAUUUCAACAAAAAAUUUUAUUAAACAAGUGCAAAACAGUGAUAUUUUUUUAAACAGAAAAGUUUUGAAAUCCCCGAACACAUUUAAAAGAAAAUUAAAAGAUUUAUGCAAAUUUUUAAUAUUUUUGAAAAGAAAAGCAAUUAACAACAACAAUAAAUUAAAAAACCAAGUGAUACCUAUCGACUUUUAUUAUUAUUUUAUUGAUGUCGUCGUCGUCUCUUCUCUAAAAUUUAAACAAAAAAAAAUAAAAAAACAGCCCAAGUAAAUAAAACUGAAAUAAAAACUAAAUACAAAAAAGUAUUCAAAUAGCAACAUCAAAUAAAAAAAGACAAAUUAAAACGGGUUAAGCAAUUAAUGUCUACAUAAUUUGUACCCCGUUUGUAAGAGAAAAAAACUAAAACAUCUUAAACAGAAGACAUCGCCAAGGCUGCUGCUUUAUUAUUCAGUCAUUACAGCUCUACUAAUUGUUGUUUAACGCCAAAAAGAAAGAAAAAAAAAACUGAAAAAAUACAAAAGAAUUUUCUAAUCUAAAGCAUAAAAAUAAUUUUAUUUUUUGACCAAAAAUUGCCAGAGUCUCAAGAACAUCUUAUUGUUUCGCAAACAAAUUACAAAAACUUGUCAAAAGGCUAAAGAAUUUACCAAGGAACCACGAUAUUUGAAAACUAUCAUCCAUCUAUCACCAUCUAUCUAACAGACAUACAUAGACACAUCCAAGCAUAUUAUUGUUUUUGUGUAAAUGUAUUUUUUCACUUGGUUUUAAAUCCAAAAGAUAAUUAUUAACUCUCUCGUAUUAUUUUUUGUAUUUUAUAAAUAAAAAAUAAACAACACAAUCAACCAAAUUUAAAAUAAAGAAAACAGAGCAUACAUUUCAACAAAUUUCAAUAAAGAAAAUAAUAAAAAAAAACCAAGAGGAGCUUAAAUGAAACGAUAAAAGACACCACCAAUUAAUUUAUAUAAUUGUUACCAAAUUUAUUUGUUUCUUAUUGGACACAACAAAAUACAAAACAAAUCCAGAGGAGCAAACAACCAGGAGCAUAAAAUAACAGCAACAAACAACAAUUUUAUUGUUAUAAAUAAAUUAAAUAAAUAAAUAAUUAAAAAACAUACGUAGUAUAUUUAUAUAGAAAAUAUAUAUAUACAAACAAAUAAACAACAAAAAUUUAAACAUUUUAAAUAACAAAGUUAUUUAUUUAUAAAUUCAAAUUUAAAUUAAAAAAAAACAACCAACCAACCCAGCCCAGCCCAGCCCCCCAAAUAAACACACACAUACACAGUUAAAAUGGAGGACAAUAACACAAGUACGCAAACUAAACAUGAUGAUCCAUCGGUUACAUUAACAAUAAGGCUGAUUAUGCAAGGAAAGGAAGUUGGCAGUAUUAUCGGCAAAAAAGGAGAAAUUGUGAAUAGGUUUCGUGAAGAGUCGGGGGCAAAAAUCAAUAUAUCUGAUGGUUCUUGUCCGGAGCGUAUUGUAACGGUGUCUGGUACAACCAGUGCAAUCUAUUCGGCAUUUACCUUAAUCACCAAGAAAUUUGAAGAGUGGUGCUCUCAAUUUAAUAAUGAUGUUGGUAAAGGUGGUAAAACACAAAUACCCAUACGCUUGAUUGUGCCUGCCAGUCAAUGUGGAUCGUUAAUUGGUAAAAGUGGUUCAAAAAUUAAGGAAAUACGUCAGACAACAGGCUGCUCCAUUCAAGUGGCUAGUGAAAUGUUACCAAAUUCAACUGAACGUGCAGUUACCUUAAGUGGCACUGCUGAACAAAUAACUCAAUGCAUCUAUCAAAUUUGUCUCGUUAUGUUGGAGUCGCCUCCUAGGGGUGCUACCAUCCCCUAUAGGCCAAAACCACAAGUGUCAGGACCUGUCAUCUUGGCUAAUGGACAAGCAUUCACCAUACAGGGCAAUUAUGCUGUACCCGCACAAGAGACCUGUCCAGUAUUUCCACUUGCUUUGGCUACCGGUGGUCUACAUGCUGGUAUAUCGGGUUUAACGGAUCCUUUAUUAAAGGGCGCACAUUUAUCAGGAGCAGUACCAGCACACCAUCACCUACAGCAACUGCCCGAUGUGGCUAAAAAUCCUUUGGCUAGUUUGGCAGCAUUAGGUUUGGCCGGCAUGGCUCCUGCUAAUACUGGCGGUCUUAAUCCAACAGCAGCUUUGGCUGCUCUAGCUGGCUCACAGUUGCGUACCGCUAAUACAAAUCGUGCUCAACAGCAACAGCAUGAAAUGACUGUUUCAAACGAUUUGAUCGGUUGCAUUAUUGGCAAAGGUGGUACUAAAAUUGCCGAAAUCCGUCAGAUUUCUGGUGCAAUGAUACGCAUUUCAAAUUGUGAAGAACGUGAAGGUGGCAACACAGAUCGCACCAUCACCAUCAGUGGCAAUCCAGAUUCUGUAGCCUUGGCACAAUACUUAAUCAAUAUGAGCGUCGAAUUGCAGAAGGCAAAUCUCCAAGAGGCAAAUAGUGCAACAACUGUUAAUGGUACCACUGCCGCAACAAACGGAGGGCAAAUCAAUAGUAGCAACAGCAACACUAAUCCAACAAACACAAAUAAUAUAAACACAACAACAUCCACAUUAAGUAACAAUAUUUCAAAUAGCAAUAACACUGACACAACAACAUCAUCCCCAAUAAACACAACAAGUGUUUUAAACUCAAACAACAACACAUCAUCCACAACAUCAUCAUCAACAUCAAACACCACACCAACACCACUAACAAAUCCUUUAGCAGCCGCUGCCAGCUCAUUAGCUUCAGCCUUGCCACUGGCACAAUUACUGGCCAAACCAGGAGCACUCAAUGCUCUUACAAGUCUUACCGCCCUGGGUAGUCUGUCCGAUUUAUUGGGAGGUCUAGCCACACUGGGUGGUCCACCAGUUCAAACCACUGGUGUACAUCGCACCAAAACUUUUGCUUCAUCACGUUUUCGAAAUCAUAAUUCGGAUGGGAGCGCCGAACCCGAAAAAACUCGAAACAAAUUCAAUCCCUAUUGAAACAACAACCUAGAAGACUACGAUGUGUGCUGAGUAUUACAAUAAAAUUAAUUGGGGUUUCUUAUUUAUAUUAAAAGAAAAAAAAAACAAAAACAAAAAUAUGCAUAAUGCAACCAAAAUUUUUAGAAGCUUUAGAUUUUUACAAAAAAAAAAAAAUAUAUUUGAUUCGUCGUAUAUGUAGUUUGUAGAACGAUCUUUUAGGAAUAAGUCUUGCUGACUUAAAUUUUACUUCUAUUUUUUUAGUGUAGAAUUGUAUUUACACACUCUACUUAUUUUAUCAAUAAUGACAAAAAGAAACUUCCUCAUCCCCUUAACACUCUCUUUAUCUUACAUAGAUUUCCCGAUUUCUCUCUCUCCUUCCCUCCUCUCUCUCUCUUAUAUAUAUAUAAUUCAUACUUUAUUUUGUUAUUUUUUUGUUUUUCUAAAAUAUACUCUAAGUCUAAAUUAAACCAAAUUUUAACAUUCGAAAUUAAGAUUUAUUUUUUUUAAUAAUAUGACAAACAAAAAUUGUAAUUAUUUUAUUACCACAACUGAAAUGAUUAGUUAAAGCCAAACAUUUUAAAUGAUUUGUAGUCAAAUGACACCAUAGAAAAGAUAAAAUGAAUAGUUUCUAUUGAAGGUACCCAGACAGAAAAGGACAAUCGUCGUUGCGAUUUUGACCAACAUGACAUCUCCCUACUCUUGUUUACAAUAUAGCCACAAUACCGAAAAUAGAAAUUUUCAAUAUUCUAUUUACAAGUUUACAAAUUUAAUAUUUUUAAAAUAUAAAAUUGUAAAAAAUAUGUAAAAAAUUAAAUUUUUGUCAAUAAGUUUUGAAAAUGUGCGGUUAAUAUAAGAAAUAUGGUUAAAAAUUUACAGCAUGGCAAUAUAAUAUGAUAAAAAACAAUUUUUAAAUGAUAAAUUUCAUAAACUCUAGUGUACUGUGUUUGCUUUUCUUGUAUUGGUAUUUUCAAAUUUAGAGUUGUAUUUCUAUUGUGGUGCUACAUAAUUCCCGGAAGAGCCUAAUUUUUUGUUUAUAGACUUGUAGUUUGAGAAAAGUCGUAAUUUAUGCAUGGGUACCAGCAAAAGCUUACAGAAACGUAGAUAUAAUGCUGCACCUUAAUCGGAUCUGAGGUAUUACUAUUGCAUUCAAGACAGCAUUAUUUUUGCAUAUCGAAUAAGGAAAUUCAUUUUAGUUCGAUAUAUUGUGCUCUCGCGAUAGAAUUAUUAGCGAAUUAUUAAUAUUUAAAAUGUUUGACUUUAACUACUCAUUCCUUUAAAUAAGCUUUAAAUCUCUUAAUCAACAGAUUAAAUUAUAUUAAUGACAUACAUAUAAAAUAUCUAAAUAUCACUGCUCUUAUAAACUUGCAUGAAUGCAUACUAUACAUACGACAACAUAUUGAUAUCAAUUACAUACUUUAAACAAAAUACCCAUACCAUAUAUACAUAAAUACAUAAUACAUAUUUAUGAUAUUAAACAUAUUUAUAGAUACAUACAUCCAUACGUAGACAUAAAUACAUUUAUUUAUAUUUAAAUCUUUAAAGAUUUUGUUAUGAUAAUAUUACAAAAGGUUAUGUUUCAUAAAUAAAAUGUUGUUAUUAACAACCUCUAAUA